AUGUUGGUCAAGAAGUACAAUGAAGACAUCGGCAAGGACAACCAUGCUGUUGGAAAGCUGAGGACGGAAGCUGAGCGUGCCAAGAGUGCCCUCAAUAACCAGCACCAGGUUUGUGUUGAGAUCGAGUCCCUUUUCGACGGGUCUGAUUUCUCAGAGCCACCGACCCGUGCCAUGUUUGAGGAGCUGAACCACAAUCUGUUCCUCAAGGCCAUAGGUCCCGUGAAGAAGGCCAUCGAGGACGUUGGCCUCGAGAAGAGCCAGAUCCACCAAACUGUUUCUUGUUGGUGGCUGCACCAGGAUUCACAAGGUCCAGCCAGCUCCUCAAGGACUACUUCGACGCAAGGACUCAAACAAGGGCGUGAAACCCUGGGAAGCAUUUUGAGCGGCGAGGGCGGUGACGAAAUCAAAGUUUUCCUCUUCCUCUUCCGUAAGAGAGCCCUCAGUAACCAUCACCAAGUCCAUGUUGAGAUUGAGUCCCUCUUCGACGGGUCUGAUUUCUCGAAGCUACCAACCCCUGGCAAGUUCGCGGAGCUGGAUAAUGAAUUUAUCCGCAAGAACAUGGGACCCAUGAAGAAGGCCAUGGAUGACACUGGUCUCGAGAAGAGACAGAUCCAUGAGUUGUUUCUUGCUGGUGGCACCACCAGGAUUCCCAAGGUCCAGUAGCUCAAGGACUACUUCGACGGUAAGGAGCCAAACAAGGGUGUGAACCCUGAUGGAGUGGAAGCCAUACUUGCGGUCUUGCUCAGUUUUCACACCAUACUUGCUGACAUUAUAUCCUUUUGUUGACCAUUGAACCGUAUUCCUGUAGAACUAAAUGCUGCAGAUUGUGUGGUGAUGCCACAUGUAUUGUAGGAUUUAGCAUGCUAGAAUUUUGAUAGCUUCUCUUCGAAUCAAUCAAGUGCAUGUUGCAAGGGCAAAUUGUAAAUCCAGUGUUAGCUAUCAGUCAUGUGGUAUGUGCUGGGACCGAGAAACUAAAACUCAUAAAGAGUAGUGUUUUUGUAUAGGUGUUGGUGUACAUGAUUUUGUUGUGAAAUAGUAUGGUGCUCUGGGAGCAAUAUGAGGUUCGGCAUUUUGGUUGUGUCGUGGGCUACCAGAGAGAAAUGAAGUCAUCUCAUCCUACUGACUGACCCUGUACCCUGCCAUGUCAUGUUGCUACUGCAGGAAGCAAUGGAGGAUCAUCAUGUUUCUGUUGGUCUGCGCCAAGGCGCAGCAGCCAGGGCUGGAGCAUCCCUUUUACACUUUUUUUUAAUCCUUCAGUGUUGGGUUUGGAUACCACCUGUAUACUGGGAGUGAAAUUUGUUUUGGU